GCGGCCAUCACUACAUUUACAUAAAUCUAUUUCUACAAUUUCAGCUUAACCAUGUCUCGUAAUUUGUUUAUAUCAAUUGCAAACUUUGUUAAUCAUUUGGAACGACUGUUCUUGCCCCACGGCGGACCACCGCCCGCCUUAGCCUAUUUAGUGCACCAACCUAGCAGUUCGACCACCAGCACAUCACAGAGCUUCAGUCUGAAAGACCUCAUAGGCGAUGGCAUGCUCUGGGCUGUGCCAAAGCACCGGCGCAGUGUGGAGAAACGAUUAAACCGCAAAUUUGGCUAUCCUGAGUAUGUAUGGAAGCCGCUGAAGGAGAAGAGGAAUCUGCGCUCCUGUCAGCACUGUGGUCACGAUUACGAAUUGGGCCUUCUGUGCCCUCACUGCUAUGACAAAGUGCGACAGGAAACUCAGCUCAUGCAGGAUAAAAUACAAGCACAAUUAGGGCUGGAGCCUGUCGAGCAAGAAGUGAUCAUUUUGUACGAGGGCGAGACGGCAGAUCAAGCGACGGAUGCUGCUACCGGCAAACGCAUAGUUGAAAUGAAGAAGCCUCGUCCCAUGUGGUUCACUAAGAACCUGCUGCAGAAGUCGACACAGCAAUCCUCGGACACCAAAGAAGCUAAGCCGUCCAACCUGGCUUAGGAGGCUUCCUUAUCAAUAAUAAAAACUGU